AUGGAUAGCAGCAUGGAAUUACUGGGAUAUUUCGAUGGUAUUUACAGGUUAGGAUCAUCCAGUAUCUCGAUGCAAGAAUCUCAUAGGCGGUAUCACGCCAUUUUUCUAGGUGGGGAUGAUUUGGCCUGGAAAGCCUGGGAUACUCGAACCGACCUUUCUUCACCAUUAUUUGUCAAUAAGCGCUCCUUUGAUGGCGGGGUGACCUCGAUUCAGUCCCACCCCUACUAUGAACACUAUGUGGCGGUCGGAAG